AUGUCAGUAAAGGAGGCCCUAUGUAUUGUGCCGAAAGUGUUCGAAGGGAACAAGAAGGAUGUAAGAGAAUUUAUCGAAAAUGUAUAUGCAGCUUUUGAAUUAGUAAAGCCUGAGGAACACGAAACGUUAUUGAAGUUCGUUAAAGCAAAGAUAACCGGUGAGGCCAGGUCGAGAUUGCAGGUGCGUGAACGCACAGGUACGUGGCAAGAGGUGAAACGCGUUUUAGAGGAAAAUUAUGCCAGUAAGCGUACUAUAGACUACUACGCAUGUAAAAUUUUCCAAGCCAGACAGGGACAAGGGGAACCGAUAGCAAUGUGGGCAAGCAGAAUUGAUGAAAUGCAGAGAGACUUUCGAGAAGCGGUAAACAGAGUUAUGGCCAGAGAAAACUUGAGAGGUGCAAUAGAACAAGUUGAUUCCUUAGGAAGAGCGUGCUUUAUACAGGGUUUAAGUAAUGACAGAAUACAAACAAUAGUGAGAAGCAGAGGCGAUGAAAUUACGUUGGCAGCAGCAGUGGAGUUGGCACUGCAGGAAGAGAGUGCGAUAUUGUCCAUGAAAGAGCGGGGACUAGCCCCGAGGGUAACGUACACUAGAAAUAAAGAAGCUGUAAAAAACGUGAGAGAAAAACCAACACCAGAAGCCAAAUUUUCUACUGAGUCAUUAAAUGUGUCAUUCCGGCCGCCUGUGACGAUGGAAACCACCGCCACCUCAGCUCGAUCACCGCCGUCGGACCCGCGCCGCUCCGGCCCCUGGACGGAGUCCGCCGCACCAGAGGACGGCCCAGCCGCACCCGCCGACGCAUCUGCAAGAGAAGUUUGUGAGGCCCUCAGCUUCUGCUAG